AAAUAGUUAUCUGUCUUACGACAGCACGUUAGACACGGUGUCCUACGUAAAGAAUUGUCGAAUGCAUCAUGGGAAUGUGUGAAACAUUUUUGUUUCACUUUUGAUAAGCAUCCCUCUCAGGAGCGUCUUCGUGACCUAAAACGUUCGAUAGAAAUGCGUUGUCAUCUAGAAGAUUCGUUUGAAACCUUGCUAUGUAUGAUGAGGCGGUAAUAAUCAAUUGUAACGAACUAACUGCGGUUUAUAAAGGACGGGUAACAAAGAGUAAGAGUGCGAUUGGUUCAACAAUUAGGCUAGUCAGUUUUCACACAACUUUCUUUCUUGAUUAUAUUGGCUUAGACCCUAUAAUCAUAUAUUUGGCUCAAAACUUACAAUUUUGUUUUCAGUAGGCCUAGAUCACUUUUACAAGACUUCAGUUAAGGAGGUCAUAGGAAUGAACUAAGCUGUUUAAUAUGUCAAAAGUUCGUAAUAUUUUUUUAGUUAUGGUACAUGCAUCGCCCAUGACAUUUAUUCUUAAGUAACAUGGACAAGGAUAUUGAGAUCCCAAACGCAACUCUAACAAAUAGACAACGUGGGAAUGAGGCUACAGUUCGACCAGCUACAUUGGACAGCCUGUCUGUUCACCAGCUGGCGGCUCAAGGUGACAUUCCACAAUUGACUGCUCAUCUUUCCAAAGAGAGUGCCUUGCUGAAUAGCACUGAUAAGCGUGGAUACACUCCUCUUAUGUGGGCUGCGGCUUUUGGGGAAAUUGACAUGGUGAAAUUCCUCUUGGAAAAGGGAGCAGAUCCCAAAGUUCUUGCACGGGAGCGGGAAAGCGCCUUGACUUUAGCCAGCUCUAGAGGCUAUGCUGACAUUGUUACGCUUCUUCUGAAAAAGGGAGUUGAUAUAGACUCUUAUGACUGGAAUGGAGGCACCCCUCUUUUGUAUGCUGUGCGAGGUAACCAUGCGAGGUGUGUGGAUGCCCUUUUAGCUAGUGGUGCUGAUCUCACCUUUGAAGCAGACUCUGGAUAUAACCCAAUGGACCUGGCCGUCGCUUUGGGACACAAAGAAGCUCAAAAGGCCAUCGAGGUUCAUGUUCUGAAACUACUAAAACACGAGUCCCAAAGCCAGAAAUGAAGACGGUAUAAUCUGCGAACUCUUAGGGAGUGGAGGGGCAGGUACAGAGCCAAAUGACAAUCAGAAGUGAUGGAGGAACGCAAGCAGGGACCAGAAACCUAAUCAAAGUACAAAACUUGUGUUUAUUUUUUUUCUCCUAUGGAACAGCAAGGUUUUCAAAUGGCAAUGAAGUUGAAAAAGACAUGUAUAUUUCUUUUAAAAUAAUAAAGGCAUGAUUGGUGAUUUUUUUAGCA